CUAAACCAAGAUGGACGCUAAACCCGCCUUCUUUGAAUGCAAAGACGCCCCUUUUAUCAUUGACUCUGCGAUGUCUGCAUCUGGUAACUGAACUUGUCUGUGCUUGUUUUGUGAGAGGUUAUGUUUGUGUUAAACAACAAAACAAACGCAAAGCUGUUGAAAAGGCUUGAAAAAUGGACAGCCAGGUUACAAUAAACGGCUAUUUGGUCGACUUGGUAGAUGAUGCUUGGCGAUCAGAUACUCUGCCAGACGAUGAUAUCAGUGUACCUACUUGGGAAUUGCCAGAUCCUGAAGCUGAUACAGGAGAUAUACAUUUAACAUUGAGGGAACAAGAACAAAAAUGGGGUGACAUAAUGCUAGUUAAACUUGGGGAACAUCAGUAGUCUCGGUAGCUUGAUAAUUCUACAAAGUAUGUCUUUAGAUCUCUUUAAAUGUGUAAUUCUUUGAAUAAACAAUCAUUUUUGUAUAA